AUGGAACAAGCCCGUGCUCAAACAGAACAACUACGUAUUGAAGCUUCGAUAACGAGAAAGAAAGUCUCUGAGGUGGCAAAAGAUUUAAUUGAGUAUUGUGAAAAAGAAAAAGCCAAUGAUAUGCUGGUCUCUGGUCCAAUCGACAAUCAUAAUCCAUUUCAAGAGAAGAAAAGUUGGGUGAUGGUACAGAAUGGUACAUAG